AUGGAAGAAACACAGAAAGGAACACGCAUAGGGCCGCUGCCUGGAGGUCGCCGGGGCGCCUCUGGAGCUGGCGCUGGACGCGGCAGCAUGCGGGCCGCCAGCCGAGCGCGAGGAGCUGCACGAUCACCAAGCUGCCCCUCUCAUCCAUCAUCCCCACCAGAAGGCUUGGUGGCGGCUGGGUCUUCUCGGACUCAGCAAGCGGCACCCGCCGCUGGUGGAGCACGUCGCAUGCGUUGGACAAAAUCUAUGAACGAAAACGCAUUGCGGGCGUACUAUAGGGCGAAAGGGGAAGAAACUGUGGUGGGAAUAGCGUAUAGGUCUCGGAUGCAUUGCUUUUUUGCUGAGCUGGAGCCUUCUAUCCCCGUUACGGAACAAAACCUGGCAGACCGAGUUCGGUACAUCAUGCGCUCGAAAAUAUUUGAUGAUGCCGAACUCGAACGACUACGACGUGAGGCUAUUCCGUCGUCGAAUGAAUCGGCUAUGGCUGGAGAUGCAGCUCCACAUUCGACAGACCAGCAUCCACACGUGGAAGCCGCCAUGGAUCUUCCACUUGUGAAGAGGCGAUUUUGGAAACGCGCAGCACCCCUCUCGAAAAUCGACCGCGACUUCCCCGCAUACCCCUAA